GAUUUUUUAAUUAAAAUUUGAACAUAUGUUUCAUUAGUUUGUAGUUCUUAGCUUAAAAUUACGAAAAAAUAAUUGUCCAAUCAAUAUUAGUUUGAGAUAUAUUAUCGAUGCUUCCGAACUAAACCAAGAAAUUAAAAAAAAAAUGGAAAAUGCUACGGAGGAAACGAGAGCGAUAGAGACAUGUCAGAGUCUGAGUUCUCGUACGAAUCGUACAACUCAUGGCAGCCGAUCAGCGUCGGCACGCAAAACGUAACUGAUGGCGUCAACCUCCGGGAGCUCGUCCUCGAUGGGCUCGACAGCGCCACCAAGAUAGCCAUCAUCGACUUCCUCAAAGGCUACCAGCUCGAAGUGAAGGGGGUGGACGAUGACACAUACACCGUCGACAUGACCAAAUGGGACCGCAACAAGAGUGAGCAGUUCGUACAGCUCUUGAAGACGAUGGGAGGAAAGCUACCGGAAAUGCUUAUGAAUACAAAAGAUGAUGAUGAUGAUGAUGAUGAUGAACCCCAUUCUAUGGUGACGGAGACAUCCGUUAUUGACCCUACAGUCAUAUCCGCUAUCACAUCCAACGAUUCUACGGAAGAGGGUAAGAUCAUCUUUGAUGAAUUGAGACCUAAAAGAGAAUUGGAUAUUCCUCUACCUGAGAGAAGGAUUCCGAUCCAACCACAUCCUCCUGGAGAACUCAAUUUCGAAUAUGUUGGGAAUAUUCAGCCAUUUCCUGUCCAAACAGCUCCAAUAUAUCAGAAGGAUGAACUUCUCAACAUAAAACCCAUGCUAAUGACAGAAGAUACCCAAUCGACGAUGGGGUCAGCGAAUGUUGGUGUUCGUAAAGUAAAGAAAAGUUUGUUUUCAAUUAAGUGUGUGAUUAGCUGUUUAUCAUUCCCUUUUCGCCUCUUGAAACGAUUAAAAAUAUUCCGUUAUAUCAGGAAACAAACAUUCAAAAGGAAAUCGAAAGAAGAAAAGAUGAGAAAAGAAAAAGCGUUUGCAGUCUAUUCAACGCUUCUUGAAAAAGGACCCCGAUACGGUAGAGAAUUCAGGGCCAGCCUGAAGCAACCAACGAGCGCGUGGCGCACAGUGGCGACCAACACAUGGGCCCAGCAGCCAGGAGACGACUGGUCGGUCACCAGCGAAGUCCUCAAGACCAACAGAGGAAUCAAUGCUGUUUGCCAAAUUGCAGAAAUUGGUAUCAACACCCACCAUAUCAAGGAAGCGGCUCAUCUCCGAGAAAUCCCCAAGGUGUUCUCCGAACCGGAGGAAGAACCGAUAGUGUGGUGUCCUUGUCAGUUUAUCACGAGUUCCUUUCUUUACAAAUGCAUAUCCAAGUGUCUCAACUACAUUUGCGAUUGGGAACUUUGUAACACGGAACUGAUUAAGCAGGAUAUUGCAAGUCAAAAAGAGGAACUGGUAGAAGUCAGGUCGAUGCUAAUGGGAGCGCUAGAGCUGUUGGAGAGAGCUCGAAAAUCGAAUAAUGAUAAUAACCAAUAAAUAAAUUAGAAGAUAAAAUAAAUAAAUUAAAAAUUAAAUAGAACAAUAAAUUGUUUUAUGAUCAACUUCCAUUUAAAUAUAUACAUCAUUCCAAU